UCAGUUCCAAAGUAACAUUCGUGCCGCUCGGGUUGUGCGUUCGUCGCUCCGCUCGCUCGUUUUGUUGUUGGUCCACAGCGUUCACAUCGUUUUACCGUCAAUCGUUAAGCGUUAAGCGUCAGCAAACCGUUUUACCGUUCACCGUUCAUACACACCGUGCACCGUUCAUCGUUACAUUUCGUCGCGUUUCUUGAUCACCGCCGUGUCACAUACACUUUUUGCAUUCAUAACAAACACACAAACACACACAUCGUCAAGAAAAUAAAAACAAAUACCGAAAAGCAAGCUAUAUGCAAAAUAUCAACCACACACUCAUUCAAAACAACAGCAACAACCAGCGACAAUAAACAUUUGUUUACGUGCGUGUGCAACAACAACAUCGACAACAACAAAGUUCUUAAAAGAUACUACGUUUCCUCUAUGCAAAAAGAGCGAAAGAUCGCAAGAGAGAGCGAAGAGAAAGCGCGAGAGAAAUUAGUGCAUUGUUUUUUUUGUGUCUUGCCGCAAGUGUUUAGCAUUAUCCUUAACCUGGCAAAUAUCAACUGAAUAACUCAUCAAAAUAACUCGCAACAAUCUAUAUAUCCGCAAAUCAAUCAGAUAUAUAUAUAUAUAUAUCAGAUGCAGUGUCUAACAAUUGGAUCUAUAUCUCAAAUACAAAUAUAAUUCUCGUUUGGAAUAUCUCUGCAUCGAGAAUCGAUCGAUCGAAAGUUGUUCGUUAUUGGUUUUUUUUUUCGAAGAAACACCAACAUAAAAGAACAAACAAAAGGAAAUCUCAGCGGCACACUGAGCAACUGAGUGAGUAAGAAAGUGAGAGAAGAGUGAGAGAAGAGAAGAGAGAAGAAGAAGAAGGAUCAUCGCGAGGACAUCAUAAACAGCUUCAACGUGGCGCUGCACUCAACGGAAGCUCUGAUGGCGGCGGGCUUUCUCAAAUCUGGCGAUUUGGGCCCACAUCCGCACAGCUAUGGCGGACCACAUCCGCAUCACUCGGUGCCGCACGGUCCGCUGCCGCCGGGCAUGCCGAUGCCAUCGUUGGGUCCCUUCGGCCUGCCACACGGACUGGAGGCUGUUGGGUUCUCCCAAGGUAUGUGGGGCGUCAACACGAGAAAACAGCGACGCGAAAGAACAACAUUCACACGCGCCCAGCUUGAUGUGCUGGAAGCGCUCUUUGGCAAGACACGUUACCCGGACAUCUUUAUGCGCGAGGAGGUCGCUCUGAAGAUCAAUCUGCCCGAAUCGAGAGUACAGGUUUGGUUCAAGAAUCGUCGGGCCAAGUGUCGCCAGCAGUUGCAACAGCAGCAGCAAUCGAACAGUUUGAGCAGCUCUAAGAACGCCAGCGGCAGCAGCGGCAGUUGCAGCAGUUCCGCUAACGGUGGCCGCAACAACAACAGCAACAACAGUAACAGCAACAACAACAGUGCCAGCAACAACAACAACAACAACAACAACAGUUCGAGCAGCAGCAACAACAGCAGUAGCAACAAAUCAAGCCAGAAACAAAGCCAAAGCAGCUCGAGUGGCAACUCAAGUGGCAGCUCAGCGGCGGUUGCUGCCAGUGCAGCAGCUGUUGCGGCGGCGCAAUCGAUUAAAUCACAUCACAGUUCCUUCCUCAAUGCCUCCAACAACAACAACAACAACAACGGUGGCAACAACAACAACAAUGGCAGCUCAACAACCAGCAGCAGCAGCGGCAGCCACGGAGGCGGCGGCGGUGGCGGUGGCGGUGGUGGAGGCGGUGGUGGCGGUGCAGCUGGCAAUCCACAUGCCCACAUCUCAGCCGCUGCAGCGGCGGCAGCGCUCAAUGUGACGGCGGCGCAUCAGAACUCAUCGCCAUUGCUGCCAACGCCGGCGACAUCCGUCAGUCCGGUGAGCAUUGUGUGCAAGAAGGAGCAUCUAAGCGGCGGCUACGGAGGUGUGGGAGGCGGCGUUGGCGUUGUGGGCGUGGGCGUGGGAGUUGGUGGCAACGGUGUCGGAGGUGUUGGCGUUGGCGGUGGCGUUGUCGGUGUCGGUGGUCUGGUCGGUGUUGGUGUUGGUGGCGUCUCUGGGGAUGCAUUGCGUUCGCCGUACGAUACAUUGAAAGAUGCCGGCGGCGAUAUUGGCGCUGGGGCGCAUCAUCAUCACAGCAUCUAUGGAACGGCGGCGGCGAGCAAUCCGCGUCUGUUGCAGCCGGGCGGCAACAUUACGCCGAUGGACAGCAGCAGUAGCAUUACCACGCCCUCUCCGCCCAUCACACCAAUGUCACCGCAAUCGGCAGCAGCAGCCGCCCAUGCCGCCCAAUCGGCCCAAUCGGCAUCGGCCCACCAUUCGGCCCACUCGGCAUACAUGUCAGCGAAUCACGAUUCCUACAACUUCUGGCACAAUCAGUAUCAACAGUAUCCCAACAACUAUGCCCAGGCGCCCAGCUAUUACUCGCAAAUGGAGUACUUUAGCAAUCAGAAUCAGGUCAACUACAACAUGGGACAUUCGGGUUAUACUGCCUCGAAUUUCGGACUCUCGCCGUCGCCAUCGUUCACGGGCACCGUCUCGGCGCAGGCCUUCUCCCAGAACAGUCUCGAUUACAUGUCGCCGCAGGAUAAAUAUGCGAAUAUGGUGUAGAAUCUGCUGUUCCAGUACUGCAGCAGCUCUGGCGGCAGCGGCGGCAGCAGCGCCAGCAGCGGUCGCUCGCCACAGCCGCAGCAGCAACAUC